CAAGCGGCCGUGCUUGUUCGACUUUUUGCAAAAUUUUCAAAAUAAUUGUUUCUUCAAUUAUUUUCUAACCUUUUUAUUGCCAGAUAUAUUACUGAAUUCAUAAACAGUAAAAUCGAAUCGCGGUUAUUGAAGAGCGUACGGAGUUUUUACUGUUUUUCGUCCUAACACAAGUGACAGAUGUUUCUGUGCUAAAACGCGCCAGUUUACAUCAAAAUAAAGUGAAGUUAACCUUAGAAAUGGAAGAACCCAGUACUGAACCUAUCGACAUUGAACCAGCAUCAGGAGAAACAGAUGUGCAGUUAGUCUCUGAACAAAGCAACAUGGAAACCAAGAAUGUGUCUCAAAAUCUCUUCCCAGAGAGUCCUGUGUAUGAACCGGAAGACGAUCCUACGUGUCUGGAGGAAACUCUUGCAGUUGAAGAAACUAAAGAAGAACAGAAGCCGACAGAUGAACAUCCUACAGUACAUACUAAAAGAAAGCUAUCAGAAGAAGCAACAGACAGCAGUGCAAAGAUACAAAAACUCGAUCUGGAUGAUGAAGAGAUUGCUGUAUCAACCCAAACAUUAGAUGACGAGGUAUCAGAGAUAACUAGUGUAGCGAAACGCAAAUUGCAAGAAGAACUACCAUCUACUUCACGUGUUCGUACCCCAGGACGCGCAAGUCCAAGAAAAGUAAAAAAACGAAGCAAUAGUGCUGAGCUCACACCAAAAACACCAAACACCCCCAAAUCUCGUUCAUCUAGUGUAGACAUCACUAAAGGUCGUAAAACACCUAAGCUUAAAGCACAGUUGGAGCUGUUCAAAAAACAAACCGAAGAUAAUGAUGUCAUUGUCAUUUCUUCUGAUAGUUCAAGUCGUCCGAGUGUAGAAUUCGUAGCAGAAAUUCCCGCACCUAAAAUACCUGAAACAAUAGCUGAAGAAAGUACUUCAGAAAACCUUGAUGACUCGCAGAAUUUCCAUUUAGCAUUAUCUCCCACUCCAGAUGAAAAUGAAAAUUCUAAUGAAAGUAAACCUAUAAGUGAAAAUAAUGUUCCUGACUAUAACAGUGAACCAGUGAUUGUUAAAGAUAGAGAAGAGAUUAUCGAUGCUGGAAAAAUGUCCGAAACGAAAAGCGAUGGAUUUAAUUACGAUCUUAAAAAUAAAUCACACCCAAAAGAUUAUAACAAUGGAAAAACAACAGAUCAAGAUACUACUGACAGCAUAUGUUCGGGCUUAGACAGUCCAGAAAAUCCUCCAAGCGUUGCUUCAAAACUGAUUUCGAAGUUAUCAAACGGAAAUUCUUCUACACCAACUGAAACAAUCGCUAAACUUGGUGCCGAUGAUAUUACUCCUGACAUGUCGAAAUUGAAUGGUAAUAAAGGGAAAAGGGGGAAAAAUGAAUCUUUCCGAGUCAGUAACACAACAACUCCCUCAACCAUAUCUCCUUUGCAAAAUGGCCACUCUUUACCAGUAAGUACACCGCAGAUACCAGUUUUUGAUGUUCAUGUUAGUCACAAUGAAGAUUGCGAAUUUCUGUCUUUGUACGUUGUCCGAACUGAUAAUGAUGUGGGAAUGGAUAUGUGCAAGGAAUAUCAGAGGAUUUCGAAAAGAUUCACUAUCGAUCCAUACUUAGGCGACGUUUCAGUUAAUAACUCCCCAUCUAGUGUUACCAGUGUGGGGAUGGUGAAUUUACCCAAUAGAUCCUCAUUCGUUUCCACCAUUAGUUCGACAUCUUCAUCUAGCACUCGAACCAGCGAUGGUGCUUUCGUAGUACCACAACCACCGCGAAAAUCUGUUUCAAAUCCAUCCUCCACCGUCAAAGGAUACGAAGCUUUAAUGAAGAAGCUUCAAGAUUUAUUUUCGCACAUCCGAGAAGCAUCUGCUACUGAAGCUAAUCGGUCUAUGAACGAAGACAAAAUAUCUGUUGGUAUCCAAGCUUCAUUGUCGAAUGAAACUGGUUUCAGUAAUGGUAACGCAAGUCCGGACGAAGUAAGUAAAUGCGACAAAGCCACUCCGAAAAGUUCCUUAAAGAAAAGGGUUAGAGGUCGGCGACCUAUAGCAGGGAAAACUAAACGGGCUUUAUUACCAACUCAACCUGAAGAAGUCGAAUAUAUGCAUGGGAUGAAUUCUCCCGAAAUGGUGCCAACGAAUGGCGAUAGUGGGAAAAUGUCGCCUAAGGAGGAGAAACCUUUGUCAUCUUUGAUUGGAACCCCCAAAUCCGUUACUAAGUUGAAGCAGAAAAAAAGGCCUACGUCACCUAGACCUGCCACACCCGUGGAAAAGGUUGUAGUAAAAACUGAAUAUCCUGGUCAUCCGCCUGAUACAGUCGUGCUAGCUAAAUGGGUAGAUAAGCGUUACUACUCUGGCAAAGUGCUAGAAAUCACGGAGCCAAACAAAUAUCUGAUCAAAUUCGACGAUGGACAAAGCAAAACUCUGUUGGAUGACUUCAUAAUUUUUGGGGACACUAAGAAGUUGCCCCUUCAAGGACAAUCUGUUUAUGCUAUGGUUGAUGAAGAGCAGAACUAUGAACCUGGUUUGGUCCUGGAAUCUGAGGAGAACGAGAAUGGAACUGUGGCUUAUCGAUGCACUACAGAUGGCGACACAAUAGUGAUGGUAACGGCCAGCGAAUUGUAUCUAACAGAAGAUCAAGCGCGAUCGCUUAAGGAGUCGUCUCGGUCGCGAUCGCCGACUUCGCCCGCCACGCCGCGUAGACGCCACAAUAGAGAGCUGGACCUCGAUAAUAUCAUACAGGGGCCCCGCAGCGCUCGAAGUCGAGACAAAGGAACGCCCAGUGGCAAGAAACGUGUUACGUCACCAAAGAGCCCGAAAGCUUCUACCUCAGGUGUCAAAACCAAAAGUACUCCAGUAGGUCGAAAACGCCUUGCAAGCGAGAGCAGUGAAAUGAGUGAAAGCAGCAACUCUGCCCCUCCCGUGAGGCUAGAAGAGGUUGCUGGUGUUGAGCCGGAGGUCCAAAAGACCCCGCGGAAGAUCGACGGGGUCAAAGCCGGUCCUCUACAGCUUAAAGGCGCAGCGAAGCAGAAUAUAGGCAAAAAGAACUCAAAGUUGACCAAAUUUGAAAAUGAUGAAGAUACUGUAUCAACUCUGGGCCCCAUUCCUAGCCCUGAUAGCAAGCUGUUCGCCGGGUUAUGUUUCUUGCUCACUUGCACUGAACCGCCGAAACCUACGACAUCGGAGAAAAAAGAGCAAUGCCAAGACACCCGCCACUAUUCAUCGGAAGAGGAUGGUGAAACCACCUCCACCCACCCAGGCACUGAUACGGAGGACCUGGAGUUCUGUACGCGGCCCUUCAAUAAGGAGCGACUCAAAGAACAGCUGGAAGCAGGCGGCGGAACUGUUUACAGCCAUUUCGACGAUGUUCCAAAGAACAAGUACUCUGUCUGCAAGCUCAUUGCGCCACGGCCGUGUUUGACUGCGAAGUACAUACUAUGCCUAGGCGCCGAUAUCCGCGCCCUGUCCCACGCGUGGGUUAUCAUGAGCUGCAUACACAGUCGACUGCUAGAUGUGGACGCCUACAUACUGCCUUCUGGAUGGUCCAUACUGAAAAAGCAUUAUGUCAACUGGGUCCCACCAUCCGGCAAACGCAACACAGCAUUCCUCAAGGACAAAGUGGUCCUGCUAUGCGGUGACCAGGACACGUUUGUCAAAUUCUGGGAACGUGUGUGCACAUUCGCCGGGGCAACCACCCGAGUCGUCAACGAAGAAGACCUGAACAUGUCCGGGGCAGUCGUCCUUGUUACAGAAUGGGACUGUCCCCACGAAGUCCAGAACAAGGCCAACCAGGAUAACAUCCCAUUGGUGUCAACAACAUGGGUAGUCCAGAGUUUGAUCGAGGCGAAGAUGAUCGCCCCCACCUCCCACGACAAGUUCUCAUUUAUGUACGCGGAGCCUGAAUGAUCCUGGGACUUUAGGAAAGUGCUCAUUAUACGUGAAUAUUGACACAUAGUGAGCCGUGCGAGAAGUGACGCUUUUAGUGUUAAAACGUAAAGUGACAAUUUGCAAUUUGUGUUCCGACGUUUGUGUUAAUAUUGAACUGGGUUAUGUUUUUAUUUCUUUAUACAAUAAUUUAUCGCAAAAAAAUCAUGGGAUUGUAGUAUUUUGUCAUAUAAAUAUUUUUUCUUAAUGGCAAAAAUGACUUAAAAUCGUAUUAUAUAUUUUUUUAAUAACACCAAAGUUUAUUGGGCUGUUCAUAUACCUAGAUAAACAGUGCGCGCUGAUACGCCAAAGAAAUUGGAAUGAAAUGGGUUUUGGUAGAAAAACUCGUCAUUCGUUUAGCCGCAUCAAGUUAAUGUGAAUACUGAACUAUGAUAUAAAAAUAUAUGUGUCACGUACUUUACUGAAGAAUGUGCGUCAAAUAUAUGAGAAGAUAUAUAAUAAUUAAAAGUUUAGUGCUAAAAAAGUAUAAUUUUUAAUGUUUGCACUUAAGACAUUAUUGUACUGAAUUUCACGUCAACUUCUCAAUGUAGUCAACAUUCCCAACUAGUGGUAGAUUAAUUACCUAUGAAUAAAUUUUUAUGGUUCAAGAGCUUUGAUAGGCCUACUUGAAUAUAUUAAUGAUAUGACAUUAUUCUAAUAUUAUAUAUUAAAUAUACACAGUGAUUUUUUUUAUCGUCGACCAUCGAGAGCCCCUUAUAUCUGAUGUAAAGGAGUUUAAGCAAUAUAAUAACUGCGUUUCGUAAAAGCAGCUGAAAUGACUGCUGUUGAUUAAAUUGAUACAACCGCCGCACUGCGCUCCUGCCACUCUAUAUAGGAUGCUUCUCACCACUAAACUAUUUAUUUAAUUAUCUUAAUAUUUUUCUACCAAUGAGUAGACUCUCGUAUCUACUAGUACAAGUACAAAUGAAUAGUUACAUACUGAACAGAUUAACAGAGUAAUUGUUUUACGGCGAUAAAAAAGUCACAGUGUAGAUACAUUUUUCAUAUUAUAGAUAUUGUAAACUCAAUAAUAUAAAAAAUUUCAACAUACAGAUAUUUAUGUAUGAUAAAAUUAUGUACUAUAUAGAUGUAAUCUGUCAUGCCAACAUAUUCCUCUAACUGUACAAGACUUGAAACUUUCAUCAUGCAUAUUAUUGAAAAAGGAAAAUGUUCUAUAAUAUUGAGAGAUGGACAGGAAAUAUUUGAGUACAUUUUUUUUCUAUCAAUAAUGCAUAUUAGUGUUAUGACUUAAUUGAAUUAGUAUAUGCAUUUAAUGUUUUGUGCGCUUCGUAAAUGUUGAAAAAGUAACCGGUUACACAGAAAAAAACAAUCUUUUUUCUUUUCUUGUUACAAUAAUAACGCUGCAUUGGAUCAAAAAUGAUUUACUUUCUAGCUAAGGAUAGAUUGCAAAAUAGAAGUUAUUCUUAUCUCUAUUAAAAACUUUUUUAUAUCGGAAAAAACGACGCGGUGGCAAUGGGUUCUAUAUGUAUAAUAGGUUUUUGUUUAACAGCUACUGGCUGGAAUUGCGUCAUUAUUUUUCUAUAAAAUAAAUUCUACAACAUGAUUAUUCUUAUUAUGACAAUUCUUUGCCACAAAUAUUACUUUUAAUACCGAUUACAUAGUUUCAACAUUCGUGACGCGUACUAUAAGAUGUCAGUGUUCUCUUUUAUCAAAGAAUUAAUGUGUGAUUGAAUUAGAUGAUAAAUUAUAAGUCUUUAUGUGAAAUAAUACUGAUGUUAGGUGUUAUUAUAAUAUUUUAAGAUGCUACUAUAUUACUUGUAGGUUUAAAAGUGUCUUUUCUGUGUAUAAAAAUUCGGUUAUUGAGACUUGAAUUGACAUAUUAUUAUGUAAGUAUGCCGUGAUGGCUUCGUGAAUGCUUGAAUUCUAUAUAAGGUUCCGGUUCUAACUGUAAAUAUUGUAUAUGUACGAAUUUACGUUGGGUCAAGGAAUAACAUAUGUGACAGAUGAAGAUGCUGUUUGCAAUGGACUGUUUUCACUAUGAAAGUUGCAAACAACUGUUAACCUCCAUAUUGCACUAGUGAUCACUGUGGUUUUAUAAGUGAGACAUGUCGGGUGGUUAAUUUACGAAUUUAUAAUUUCUGAAUUGCCUCUAUUCCGGUCUGGUGGGUUAGGUUGUGGCGAUUUAGCGUUCCGGUACGAUGUCGCGUAGAAACCGAUAAGGUUCAAUAUUUAACUGCCAGACUUGUAACAGGUUAGCCCGCUGUCAUAUUUGUUGCCGCUGACAAGCAGCUGUAGCACUGAUGACUCGCUAUAUUUUCAACAUAAAUGAACUGAAGGUAGUAAACCGUUUCAUUGACUCUUAUCUCAUCAAUCAUGCUCAGUCACCAAGUAUAAGUGUACAUUCUGGCAAUUGUGAAUUCGUGCUUGAAAAUCAAAAUCGAAUUCAGAAAAAUUUAAAGCCAAAGUAAAAUGUUACAAGUUUUAGAAUCGCAAAUAUAGUUCUUUAUUUUACAAACGUCCAGCCAAGGGAGCUGGUAGAAGAAGUGUGCACGAAUUUGAACUGUAAUUCAACGUAAUAAGUUCCAUUUCACUCUGAACGUAUUUAAAUUCUCAAAAAUGAUUAUGAAUGCUAAUUACCAUUUUUCGGUAUGCUUACACUAUCGAAAUUAAAGAUAAUUUUUAAAAUGGUCUCAUUUAGCGUAAGGUUGUUUAAAUUAAAAAACAAAAACACCGAGGGUUCCGAAUAAUCGUAAUGCAUUUUUUUUUUGAUUUGGUAUAAUUUGCAACUUAGUUGAAAUUGGCCUAAUUUUUUAUUAUAAUAACUAAAAUAUAAAUUAUAAUAACUAAAAAACAACGUAAAUUAUGCAUAGAAAAAUAGGAGUCUUCAUGAGCACAUGUGUUUUACUGACCGGUUCAUAUUAUCACCAGUACCAGGGUAACAUAAAAUAAUGUAGAUAACGUUAUAGUCCAGUACUGGUCACUUGAUUGAAAUUAUGUAAACCUUUGUGACACAAAAAGAAAUCAAAUAAAUGGGCAUAUCUUUUCCAAAAUUGAAUAGUCAGAGUUGCCCUUUAGUUAUUAAGUGUACUCUUUGGCACAACAUGGAAUUUCGAAAAUUCUAUUUUCUAUAUCAGUAUUGUUUGAAUAUAUAAUUUAUAAUACGCUUACUAUUUUGUUUUUGUUAAUGUGUAAUCCUGGAAUUUGAUUCUUUAUGACAUAGUAAAUGAAUAUAAUGUUCAGUGUUAAUUAAUGGUAAUAUUAAUUAAUUGAAUUAAUAUUUAAAAUAGCAACACAUAUUAUUAUGACUAUAUUUCAAACACAGCAGCCAGAAUGACUAAUAAAAUAAAUGUUUUAGCAGAUAUAUUGCUUGUGUUCUUUUCGUAUUACCACCACAGUUUAGCAAUCAUGUAAUUGGCUCAAAUGUUUUGCAGUUUUGUUUUUUUUUUAUAUAAAUAUGGUUUUACGCGUACUUUUUUGAAUGGAUAUCAGUGAAUCAUAUCUCUGCAGCAUAGUAAAACAACCCUCCCUUUUAAGAAAUUGAAGGGCAGAGAAAACUGAUCUAUGUUGCUUAUGUUUGUGAAAUAAUAUAACACUUGCCAGUAACAGCACAUCAUUUUUACAGACAUCUAUUCCUUCUAAAAACAUUAAAGGCGCAAAGCUUUUUAUUAAGAAGUUUUCUAGUACUUUCUUUAUUUCUUUUCAUUUAAAUUUCCAGAAUGAACAUAAAUACUCCACACGAUAGCCUCUCAUUGUACAGAGAUAACAUAUGACAUGGUCUAUGGUUUGUUUGAUCUAACUAUAUAUCUGGAUUCUUAAUUUGUGAAAGCCAAUGCAUGUAGUCUACUUCAGGCUGUUUUGUUGCCGCUACCAAACUGCAUUAAUGCUAAACUAUGAUACCAAUGAUUUUAUGUGUAUUAAAAAAAAGGACAUAAUAUAUCUAUUGAUAAUUUAAAAAAAAAAACUAUUUUUUCUAAAUUACCUCACAUCUAGUGUAAGAUACAGGGUUAAUUUAAAGAUACAGAAAAAAACUUUUUUAUAUAUUUUUUUGUGGCAUAUAUCAAGUUUUAUAAAAAAUAGUAGUAGUAGACGAACCAAAGUUGUUAAUGUAUAUGUUGAGAGGUCAUUACGACACCAUAAUAUACUAUUUUUUAAGCUUUUAAGUUCUCCGCGAAAAAUAGAUAUGUUAUUCUUGAACAUAUACGAUUAUGUUUUGUGUCGAGAAAUAUUUAUUACAAUUUUGCGAUAAAAUAAAAAUAAAAUGUGUACUAAUUAAUAUGCAGGGAUUUUUUUUUAGUUUGGUUGGUAACUAAAAUUUUUUAAAUAAUGGCAAUAGUAAAUGUUCUGAAGUCGAUCCGGGACAUUUCAGACUUACUUGACUUAGUGAUUUUUCGUUAUUUCCGGUGUUUGUGAGCUCUCUGAAACAGCAAAGAUGAAUGCUCAAUUUGGAACUCUAAAGGUCGGAUCACCCGUCCAGUUGCCUACUGAGGUCACCGUUACGUAACCAACAUAAUCGAUUAGCCCUCAUAGGGUAAUAGUAUUUUUAAAUUAAGCCUGUAAAAUUGACUUAUCGAUGUAUUAGCUAAUUUAAGGAACUUAAGAACAAAAUAACUAUCUAAGUAUAAAUUUUCGAUUAAAUUUUUGAAAUGUUGGUUAUUUAUAAAAAUUUAAUAUGGCUGCUAUGAUCUGAUGUGACCUGUACAUAUUAAUAUAAUUGUUAGAAAUUAAGUGAUGAUAAAUGUUACUAUAUCCAAAAAUAUCCCUGCAUUGCUUACGUCACAUAUUUCAAGGUAUGAAAUGUAUAGCGGCCCUUGAUUUUGAAGAUUGUGCUGUUUACGCUGAGCUCUAUAGAGAGAUAUAUAUAUUUUUUAAUUCCACUAACAGUUAGCUCUUGACUACAAUCUCACCAUUACAUUGAAAACGUUACGUUUUCAACGAAACACAAUAAUGUUGAAUUUAAAAAGACCUAAUGUUCUUAUUACAGUUUUAAUUAACAAACGUUCCGACAGGAGCGCUGGCUGUUGGAGUAAAUACGAUUUUGCGCUUUAAAACAAAGACUAUUGUGUCCGUUUUAUGCUGACAAUAUUGAUAAGUGUUUCUAUAUUCGAAACGACUACUCAGCACAGAGUUCCCUAGUAUGAGAUUUUAAAGAUUCAUACGGUAUCAAAGAAACGCCAUCUAGUGCCAAUAUUGGGAAACCUUACUGUCAUUGUCAAGUUCAUCACAAUGAUUAGCGUUCAAAUAUUAGACCGAUUUCUUAGUAAAAUAUUGUGGAAACGUUUUCGAAAUAUACCUAUUGUUCUUAGUUUAAUUCGCAAACGUUACGCCGCAGCUGGCUGUUGAAGUCAAUACGAAUUUGAUCUUCAAAAGAAGGUAUAUUAAGACCGUCUUAUGCUAACAUGGUUUAAUAAAACCUCAUACUGUAUAUAUGUAUUCUUGUGUGCAAUUUCUCCUCAGUCCAAGGGCUGCUAUGCUACUAUUGCUCUUUAAUAUGGCAUAUCAUCGAAGACUACCAGUUUUCCGGUAAAUCUUCGUUCUAUAUUGUAUCCAAGUUCUCCAAGCUGUUCCAAAUGAAAUGCACACUGUAUAGGGGAAGAACGGGGUGUAGAACCGAGAAACAUUUUGUGACGUAAUUAGUGCAUGGUUUCUUAGAAGUCUUAUUUCUUCUUAACAUGUAGGUAAGUCAGGAUAGAUGUAUUUGUGUAUUCCUUAAAGUGACCUUUGUGUAUUCCUUAACGACUCACCCUGAGUUGAGCAGUUUUGUCAAGCUGUAUCGAAAACUUAUGGAGCAACACCCUUUUUUAAUAACUUAGGAACUGUAUAUACAGUCGAUUAACAAGCUUCAAUUCAUUUUGAUCUAAGUGUUCUAUACAAGCUUAACUUUUAUAUAUAUAUUGUAUUGUAGUGACCUCAGCGUACUUGUGUUUUGGCAAGUUAAUUGGCUCCCAUGCAAUGUUUAACUCUUAUGCAAAUGUUUGGGCCAGUUUCAAUAUUGCGCGCGCAGUUUUCUUGUCACUCGCAAGCAUGUUGCGUGGAAUUUGAACUUGCAUUCGAGAUGCACAAUGGUGAUGAGGUCUUAACUGGUGAAAUCAAAGUAACAGCCAGUUAGGGAUAACUUGACAACAUUUCAUAAUUUUAACAAUGAGGAUUCACAUAAGACUGACGUAUCAAGAUACGUAAACGGAGCGAUAUGUUUAGUAGCGUAGCAGAUAUCACAUUUCCGUAUACACGUAUCUUUUUUACUCACACUGAAAAAGAAAAGCGUCCUACCACCGUUUGUGUCAUCUGUAUAGGUAUAGUGAUCCAAUAUCUUUCUAUACUCAUUGUCAGUAUCGGUGCGCAAGCAUAGAAGAGCCGGACUACCGCAGGCGUCGGGCCCAGUGGAAUUAUUCCCCACACCGCAACCAUUCGUAGCCCUGCCUAGGAGUUGGAUAUCUAUGUACUCAUUUAAUAUAUAUGCUACAAUUAUUUGGCUUCAUCGGUGUGUUAGAUAAAGAGGUUGUAUCCAUUAUGAUAUAAUGAUCUUUAUUUGACUGGAUCUAGAGUCGCAAGUUUAUUCUACUGUUCUAUAUAUCAUAAACUAUCGCUUGUUAUAAAAGUGAAGCCAAGAUUAUGCUUUGAGACGAGGUUUAUAAGUUUCAUUUUACUCUGACAUUAAACUGUAACGUUUCAAUACUCCAAAACAAUCAAGUGUUUACACAGUUCUUUGACUAUGUUCAGCGAAGUUCCAUACAAGGCGUUCAAUCGUGGGUGUGCAUUGCGUCUAGUGUUCGACCAAUUACAAGGCACAUCGGCUUGAGCAAGAGUUGUGAUUGGCUGAACGCAAUCCGCUUUGAACGCUAUCGCAGAGACGUAUGUUUAGACCUUAAGCUUCACAAGUUUGAUGUGAACUGCAAAUUGUAAAAUUAUGAAAUAGUGUCAAUCACAGAAUGGAAAUAAACGCUAAUAUUUUUGUUGCAUUAUUUUUUUUAUUUUCUAGUAAUGUUUUCUAUGGAUGUUGUCCUAUCAUGGGUAUAUUUUAUAAGACUUCUGGUAGACAUUGUAUGUGUGUAAACUACUAUGAAUAAAUUGAUAGAAAUGUGUGAA